AUGAAGACAGUCACUCUUUUAUUGGCAGUAUGCCUUACUACUGUUGCUUCACUUCCACAGCAGCAGGAGAGGAUAGUCGGGGGAUCAGUGACCAGUAUAGAUAGAUACCCGUUCGCUGCCUCGCUUCAAGUGACGGGAAACAAUGUCAACUUUGGCCACACAUGCGGCGGUACCAUCAUAAACAACAGAUCCAUCCUCUCAGCGGUUCAUUGUUGGGUCAACAACAAUGUGGCAAAUAGAUACCGUAUCCGCGUUGGUUCGACCAAUCGUAGCAGCGGUGGCAGGGUGCACAAUGUGGCCCAGCUCUUCGGUCACACGCAGUACAAUCCCAGGAACCACGACAAUGACAUCGGCGUCGUCAGGGUGUCGACCGCCAUCCCGCUGGGUUCCGCCACCAUUCGAGCUGCGUCUCUCGCUGGGGCCAACCUGAAUAUCCCUGACAACUCCAACGUUAUUGCUAUUGGAUGGGGACGGACUAGUCAUAAUGGCGCCGGAUCAGAACAGCUACGUCACGUUACACUUCGGUCGGUCAAUCAAGCUAGAUGCAAUACUGACUUCAGAGGAAUCAUAACUGCAAACAUGCUGUGUCUUGGCUGGAGCAACGCCAGUAGAGGGACUUGCUUUGGAGACUCUGGCACCGGGGCAGUCUUCAAUAACAUAGUCGUGGGCGUUUGCAGCUUUCUUCACUGGGAUGGAUGCGAUUCUCACUGGCCUGUUGUUUUCGCAAGAGUUUCUCGAUACGCUGCCUGGAUCCGAAACCAUUCAUAA